GAUAGCGUUAUAGCAUUGAAUGGUUAUAGCUUCACUUCGCCUUCCUACAUUGUCUUUGUACGGAUCAUUACUAAGUAUUCGACAAAUAAGAGAACAAUUGUCCAGGAGAGUCCACACUAUGGAUGUGGACAUAGCGUGGAGUCAAUUAAGGACUGGACAUCUUCCUUAAGACUCCAACAGUUGCAGACAUGGGAACGCUUCACAAGUUCCUGGUAGUUUUCGGAAUCUGCUGUGGAAUUUGGAGCAUCGUUAGGGAAAAUCAGACAUCACAUGAGCAGAGGGGAGAAUUGAUAGACUGGCUAAAACAGUGGCAGCUGGACAAGUACAUCCGGGUCUUACAGGACAUGGAAAUGACUUCUCCAGUGGAGUUUGCAGACAUGGACUAUCUGCCCCAGCAUGCUGCCUUCAGGAAGCUGAAGAGCCAUGUGCAGCUGCAGCUGUCACAGGCAUCACAGCAGCUGAAGGAGUACUUGAUAUUACAACAGUGGCUACAAGAGGAAGGACUAGACCACUACUUGCAGCCAUUGUAUUCUGAUGGAGUUGGAAGCUUAGACAAGGUGUCUGUACAUGUGCUGGACAGACUGGCCCAGCAGGGAAGUGAUGGGGACUACACAAAGCUGCAGAAUGUCAUCAAGUCCAUGACACAGCAGCAGUUGUCGGGGCAGAAGAGACGUCUGUGGGAGAGAGUGUCUGUCAGACGCUCACACAUCACUUGGAAUGUCGGUGGAAUGGUAGUAUUUGCAACAACUGUGGCCCUGUUAUACACCUGGGUCUCCAGUAACUAUGAGUACCUUACGGAACACCCCCCUCCCACACGUGGGCGGACACGGCUCUAUGAAUACAUCACUGGCAGCUUCCUGGACCCUGCCAGGUGCUAUGUUGAGUGGGGAUGGAAAGAACCACAGGCUGUGGGAGAGACUCUUAAGUUUACAAUCCAGUUCUACCAGAGGAAUGGUAUGGCGUAUCCUAUCUCCGACCACGAGAAUGUUGUGGUGGAGAUUCUGCAGGGUUCCACCCAGGUGUCAGCUUAUGUGGAGGUUGGGAGUGCAGAAAGCUCAAAGGCACACACCGCCCAUGUUACUUUUACUGUGAGGAGGGCAGGGACCUACAGAGUAGUGAUAACACUGGGAGCAGGGAUCCACAUUGCUGGCAGCCCCUUUCACAAGGACUUUAUCGCAGGCCCUGUGGUAGCAGAGAAGACAGGGUUUGUACAUCACAGCUCUACUGUGGUGCUGACAGAGGGAGAGUUCUUCCCACUUGUUGUUCAGCCACGUGACCAGUAUGAGAAUGUUUGCUCCCAGACCAUUGAGCUAAACCAUGGCAGUGGUUAUAAUCUCCAAAUCACUCCAGUUGGUAACAGAGACUCAUCCACAGAUCCCAUCAAACAAAAGCUGUCUGUCCUCUCCGACGACCAGACCAAACAGAUUGUGAUGUACCUCAAACUGGACACUCUGGGCUCAUAUAAAGCUGUGGGCACCUACCGGGGCAGCAGCUUAAAGAAUGGCGACUUCAACAUACUGGUUUUGUCAAAGACUGAUUCAUCCAUGGUGCAAAAGAAUGUUGCGAAGAAGAGUGUGAAUGUUUGGUUCGAGGCCUACCUUUUACUGGAGGGGAAAAAAACAAAGAAGGUGUACUGUUAUAUUUCACCGAAGCAAUUAACAGUCCGAGAAUUUAUUCUAAGGAUCAUUCCUAGAAGACUGUACACCUUCAGGGUAUGCCCUUCUACAAAGUUCACCUUCAGUGGCCUACGGAACAGUCAUGAGCUCCCUUCCUUCACUGUGGACGAUGGGUGCCAACCACCUGUGCACUUAGCCUGUAAGGACAGGAACGUUCUGGCAGCAACAUUCUCACAGUUCCUGCUGAAAAAUAUUGGCGGUUCUGAGACAUUUAGCGACAAGCAGGACUUUUUCUACCGUGAAGUUCGCAAAUCUCACAGUAAAAAGGCGACCUGGUCUACGAACAUCUCUGUUAAAGUCAACAGGAGGGACCUGCUGGAUAGUUCCAUGAAGUCAACCAAACAUUUUUCAUCCUCGGACUGGGGGAAGACAUUUGUUGUGUCCUUUUAUGGGGAGGAAGGUCUGGACUGGGGAGGUUUGAGCAGGGAGUGGUUCCAGCUGGUAACUGAGACGCUGUUCCGCCCUGACACACAGCUCUUUAGGAGAUUCAAGGACGAUAACCAAGGACUGGUGCAUCCAAACCCUGACCGCCCCCUGCCUGUCACCAAACCCAAGUACUACGAGUUUGCAGGGAAGGUUGUGGGGAAGUGCCUGUUUGAGUCAGCCAAGGGAGGAUCCAGCCGGCAGCUGGUGAAGGCCAGGUUUUCCAGGUCUUUCCUGGCACAGCUUAUUGGACUCAGGGUCACCUACAAGCAUUUUGCAGCAGAUGACCCUGAGUUCUACAAGACCAAAGUGCACUACAUAGAGACUAACGAUGUAGAGGACAUGGAGCUGACCUUCACUGAAGAGGUUUACGAUGUCUCUGGGAAACUAGUCAAGACUGUGGAGCUUGUACCUGGUGGUGCCCACAUGCAGGUGACUAAUGCCAACAAGCUGCAGUAUCUGGACAGUCUGGCACAGUACCGGCUGGCAGCAACCGUGCAGGAAGAGCUGGAACACUUUCUAAAAGGUCUGAAUGAGCUCAUUCCUGACAACCUCCUCAGCAUUUUUGAUGAAAAUGAACUAGAGCUGCUGAUCUGUGGGACUGGAGACUACAGCAUAGCAGACUUCAAGCAGCACUGCGAGAUCCAGGGAGGAGCGUGGGGCUUUGAGAAGGUGUUGGACUGGUUUUGGACUAUAGUGGCCAGCUUCACACAGGAGGAGGUCGCCAGGUUACUCCAGUUCACCACAGGCAGCUCCCAGCUGCCACCGGGAGGGUUUGCUGAGCUCAAUCCUCGCUUCCAGAUUUGUUCUGUACCCGUCAGGGGCAUACUGCCCACUGCCCACACCUGUUUUAACCAGUUGUGCCUGCCAGACUACGAUUCUUGUGAGCAGCUCCACAAGAUGUUAACCCUGGCCAUCACCGAGGGGUCUCAGGGCUUUGGGAUGGCAUAAUUCUCAACAAGGAGUACUUCGACACACACAUCUUACACUGAGUCCUUGACAGGAACUAUAACAUCAUGUACUGGUACUGUAUAACACAAGUACUGGUCGACCUUUAUCUGUUGUUUAAUGAGUGGCACUGGCCCAAAACUAUUCAUCAAUUUUAAGAGGUGUUCUUUCUAUGCUGUGUUUCUCUGUGUGACAUAAUUUCAUCAGAAACCUCAUUUCUGUGACCAUUCAGGACAAUUUAGAAAAAAUUGGCAAUUCGUUGCAUUACAAAUUUGUCAUUGAGGGAAGUUGUUAAAUGCAACAUCGGCAAUACCACCAGAAUUGCAAGAUUGAGAGACUUCAGAAUACUGUGUAUAAAGGCUAACUUUAAGGAUAACCUUGAAUUUGACGACAACAAGGUCAUAAGUGUUCGUUCCCAUAAUGGAACAGACUGCACUCAUCAUGGGAGGAUUUGAACGUUGGUGAAAUAUUGUUUUGCUGUAAUAUCUGAUAAAUCAACAACAUCUGAUACUUGUCACAGACAACUUUUUAUCAAUAGACGCUGCUCUUGUUUUGCUGUCCCAAAACUGCACUCAAAGUGUGAGCAAUGACCAAUAAAACAUCUUUUCAUCUUUCUGAAUUCAGCACUGUGACAUACAAAACAGACGGGUUGCCAUAUUAACCCAACUAUGAUAGGAGUAUCCUGAUGAUCACAAAACUUUUAUGUUUUACUUUUGGCACAAACAUGUUGGGGAUGGAACCCUCUCCCCACCAUGACUUUCCAUAAACCUAUACAGUAUUCAUUGGAUGUCAAUGGCACGCUAUAGUUAUUGAAACAGCUGAAUUAUGCCGUUAACAUCCGCUGAUGUGUAUUGAAUACAUGUAGGUGCAUGCAAAAAUUUUACAUGUCAUGACGUUCUAUAUUCUGUAACAGUAACUGAAACACUUAACAGUCAUAUCUUGAAUUGUUUUGUUGGGACAAUUUUAUAUUUUUAGCACUAUGUUCAACCAAAGGGAGUAACAAUGAAUGAAUGAAGACCUUUAUUGUACAUUCAUACCCACUGGGUUCAGUACAGGUCACAAUAAAUGAUACAACAUGAUAUAAUGAUACAAUGAAUCUACUCAAGAAUCGUAUUCUACUGCGUACAUUCGGCUUCUUCUGGUUUCUUACAAUAGCAGCAAGGUAAUUAGCAGUAAGAGAAUUUCAACAAGUAUUCUCUCUGUAGAAAUUAGGGAAUUAAUGCCACCAUCCUCAGUGUGAUGGGCUGUGCAUUCAAACUGUAAUAUUUUUGUAUGAAACAUGCAGGACUACAGAGAAGAUGUAACGUUAAUAUCAUGUGUCACAGGUCUUCAUUGAUAAAGGUAAUCAAUAUUAUCGGCAUGUAAUGGUUUUCUUUUUCACAAGAUAUCAAUUAACUUAUUAAAAAAGUGCAACAAAGAAAUAUUAAUUAAAGGUGAAGUAGAACUUCUUUCAGAAGUUUUUAUAUCGCCAUACAGUCAUCAUAAUGAAAGUGAUUCCAGUGUGUUUUAGUGACAAAAACGCUGAAGUACAGAUAACGUUAUGCGUAUUAAAUGUAUAUUGGUUACUGACAAGUUUGCUGAUAACUCCAUGUGUACACUUGAGAUUAAGAGGGCAAACAUGCUUGAUUCAGUGGCCAUACAUGUACAUGGAAGGAGUGCAAUAUGGAAAAAAUAUUUUAAUUGUAGAUGUACAUUUUGUUUCUCGUUUACUGAGUCUACCUUUGUCUGGCACAAAGUACUGUAUAAUGAGUUACACCAAACCUACAUGUAUUGUAAAGCAGGAAUUCACCAAAAGGACCAGAAUGGUAAGGUUUCUUAGCCACAAACUUCCAUGUAGUUGACUACUUAACAUUAAGUCAUUUUGAUUUUAUCACUGAUUUCCUAGUGUUAUUGUAUAAUUGUGAAGUGUAAUUUUUGGAGUUGGCAUAUUUUGUCACUUGUACCAGAAGAUAAAGUUGACUUAUACUUUACUAUCAAUACUUAAUUUUUUCUUCUGUAAACAGAUACCAAAUGCCUGGAUGUAGGCUAUUACCAUGCAAUAUUUCUGUACAGUAGAUCUUAAUGGAAAAUGCCCUUUUAAUUAGAUGAUAUGCAUUUCUGGUAUUGUUACCAGCACAACAUGAAUCAAUUCAAUGACUUCACAGGCAGCUACCAUUGUCAUGUUACACUCGCAUCACACCAGCCACCAAAGCAGUGUAUAACGUCAACUUUCAGUGACAGACGGAUUUAUAUGUUAUCAAGAGGGUCAGCAUAAUAUCUUAUAAUGAUUAUCGGCAUGGUGAAACAAUUUGUGUGUUUCAGUUUCUGUGUUCUCCAUAUUGCUGGUGCUAGCUAAGUCACUGUGUCAGACACUGUAACAGCAAAUCAUUGUCAAGGAAAUGGUCUCAAAUCCUAGACGAUAGAUUGUUUUCCUGGGUCUUAACAUUGGUAGCUGAGGCUAAUACUUUGAUUUUUUUUUGCAUAGUUACAUGCACCAAUUAUGUGAUUCAGUUGCAUCUGACAAUACAUGAAAAUAAAUGAACUGCUUUUGUUUUC